AUGGACAAACCUAGGGUCGCCAUUGUCGGCGCCGGCAUUUCCGGCUUGGUGUCGCUCAAGGAGUGCUUGGCUGAGGGUCUCGAAGCUGUGAUAUUCGAUGACGCCAACCAGAUCGGCGGCGGCUGGGUCUAUGACCCGGACGCAAGCAGCGGCCGCUCGUCCAUCUACUCCGGCUGCAUGCUCAACUCGUGCCGCGACGCCACCGCCUUCUCCGACUUCCCGCUGGACCCCUCGCGCUACCCGGACUUCUUCCGGCACGAGCUGUUCCGGCGGUACAUCGAAGAGUAUGCGGAGCACUUCGCCCUCGCCAAGCACAUCCGCCUGCGCACCAAGGUUCUCGAGUGCCUGCCGCUCGGGGACGGGACCUGGAAAGUGCGCGUGCAGGAGCAGGGCGGGGAAGUCGAAGAGCACACGUACACGGCCGUCAUCGCCGCGACCGGGCACCUCUCACGGCCCAAGACGCCAGGCUUCCCCGGCAAGGACACUUUCGAGGGCGUGUUCCUCCACAGCCAUUACUACCGCAGCCCGGGCCGGUUCGAGGGCAAGCGCGUCGUCAUCAUUGGUCUCGGCGCAUCCACGCUGGACAUCGCCUGUGAAGUCGGCCCGCAAGCCAAGGAGCUCCGGGUCAUCGCUCGCCGAGGCGCUUGGGUCCUCCCUCGGUUUGUGCUGGGCAAACCGCUCGAAGCUUGGGACAACCGCGCCACGCAGCUCUGGGUCCCCUCGGGCAUCGCGCAGUGGGCGCAGAAGCAAUUGCUGCACUUCGUUGACGGAAAGCCCCCGAAGGAGCUGAUGCCCGACCACAACAUCAUGUCUCAGAACGCGGCGGUACGCGGCGACUUUCUGGAAAAGGUGCGCUCCGGCCUCGUCAAGAUCGAGCGGGCGGGCGUGGAGCGCAUCACGCCGACGGGCAUCGUCUGCACUAACGGCACCACCUUCGAGGACGUCGACGUCAUCAUCUCCGCUACCGGCUACGACCACUAUGACCUGCCCUUCCUGCCCGCCGACGUGGCCCGCUCCGAGUCGACGCCGCCGCACCUUGUCGACCUCUACAAGAUCAUCCAGCCGCCCAAGUACCGCAACCUCUUCCUGCACGGCUGGGCCGAGCCCAUCGGGUCCCUGCCACCCACCGCGGAGGCGCAGGCGCGUUAUACCGCCGGCGUCCUGUCAGGCCGCGUCAAGGUCCCUUCCGAGGAGAAGAUGUACGCCGAGAUCAGAGCCGACCAGAAGAAGCACGCGGAACAUUACAUCCACUCGGAGCGGCACGCCAGCUCCGUGCACUUUGCCGACUACAUCGACGACCUGCUGCGACCCCUGGGCGCGGUGCCGACGUUCCCCAAGAUGCUCUGGCGCGUCUUCUCCACCGGCCAUCCCUGGAGAUCGUGGAAGGUGCUCUCGGCCGUCUGGUUCGGCAUGCCUAUUACUGCUGCCUGGCGGGUCUGUGGCCACGGUGCGGACCCGGCGCUGGCCGAGGAGGCUCUUUUGAGGGUGAACUCGAGCAACAAGGAUCUUACGCCGCGUGAGAAGGAGGUGCUUCCCGAGAGGAGGGGCAAGGUGCCCGCUAAUGUGUGA